AUGCCCUCUGGCUUGAUUCAAGAUCUGGAGAGAUUUCUUCCUUCUCCUGACUCCGAUCUGAAUGGCACAGUCCUAAUCAACCCAGCGCUAAGAGCUAGUGUCUGGAGACCGAAGUGGUUGAGUCGUCAAUUUGAUUUUGACGUUUUCACUACAUCUCUUGCUGAGCUCAAGACAAGUCUCAGCCAACUAGACAAUGAGGCACUUUUAUGUGGAGUCGCGGGUUCCGGAGGGUCUGCGCCUUGA